CUGUUUCUGUUAAUCGGGCCAUUAUUUCUCCGGGCUGCUUGAAACUUGAAUCGAACCCAUGUCUCCUCCUCUCGCCCUCGUUCGCUGGAGGCAAAAAGAGGGACGAAUGGGGCGGCGUUACCCUUCUCCCCGUCGUAUCGACGUCGUCGUCGUCCUCCUCCUCCUCCUUAUUGGGCUGGAGGCCCUCGCCGUGGCGGAUGCGUCCGAUGGCGGACUAGGAGGAGUCGGUAUCGGAGAAGAAGGGGGAGGGGAGCGGCUGUCCAACAAGAAACUGUCGGGGAUCAUCAUCCCCGGCUACGCGUCGACGCAGCUGCGGGCGUGGUCGAUCCUCGACUGCCCCUACUCUCCCCUCGACUUCAAUCCCCUCGACCUCGUCUGGCUCGACUCCACCAGAGUUCUUUCUGCCGUGAACUGUUGGCUCAAAUGCAUGUUGCUGGACCCCCACAACCAGACGGAUCAUGCCGAGUGCAAAUCAAGGCCAGAUAGCGGUUUGUCUGCUAUUACAGAACUGGAUCCUGGUUAUAUCACAGGUCCUCUUUCUUCUGUAUGGAAAGAAUGGAUAACAUGGUGCAUCGAAUUUGGCAUUGAGGCUGAUGCAAUACUUGCUGUUCCAUAUGAUUGGAGGCUAUCAGCGUCAAUGCUUCAGGAGCGAGACCUAUACUUUCACAAACUGAAGUUAACUUUUGAGACAGCACUCAAACUUCGUGGGGGUCCAUCAAUAGUUUUUGCUCAUUCUAUGGGAAAUAAUGUUUUCCGGUAUUUUUUAGAGUGGUUAAAGCUUGAAAUUGCACCAAAACAUUACAUUCAGUGGCUAGAUGACCAUAUACAUGCCUAUUUUUCAGUGGGAUCUCCGCUUCUUGGUGCUACUGAAUCAAUUAAAGCCUCUCUAUUUGGAGUGACAUUUGGACUUCCACUUGCUGAGGGAACUGCAAGGUUGAUGUUUAAUUCAUUCGGUUCUUCUUUAUGGCUGAGCCCAUUCUCAAAGUACUGUAAAGCAGAUAAUAUAUAUUGGAAACAUUAUUAUGAGGGAAGAAGACGUCACCAUCACACACAUCACUGUGAUGAAAUGGAGUUUAAAUCAAAGUACUCUGGAUGGCCUACAGAUAUUAUUAAUAUCGAACUUCCUUCUGUUCAUGGUUUUGAAGCAUAUCCAUCAUUCUCAGAAGUCAAUCAGGACAUUAAUUCCCACCAGGAGUGUGGAAGGCCUGUUCAGAUGUCUUUUAAUGCAAGAGAAGUGUCAGAUGGCACCUUCUUCAAAGCAAUAGAAGACUAUAACCCAGAGACCAAAAUACUCCUAUAUCAGCUCCAGAAUUUCUACCAGGAUGAUCCGGUGCUGAAUCCUCUCACACCUUGGGAUAGGCCACCUCUGAGGAACAUAUUCUGCAUAUAUGGAACUGAUUUGAAGACUGAGGUUGGAUACUAUUUUGCCCCAAGUGGCAAACCAUAUCCUGAUAACUGGAUUAUUACUGAUGUGAUUUAUGAAUUUGAAGGAACCCUGCUUUCAAGAUCUGGUAAUUCAGUUAGUGGGAAUCCUGGAGCUAUGAGCGGUGAUGGAACUGUGCCCUACAAUUCCCUUGCAUGGUGCAAAACAUGGCUUGGCUCCAAAGUAAAUAUUACCAGAGCUCCACAAUCAGAACAUGAUGGAUCUGAUGUACAAAUAGAGAUCAAUGUAGAGCACCAUCAGGGCAAAGAUAUACUUCCAAACAUAACUAGGACUUCUCGUUCUAAGUAUAUAACUUACUAUGAAGAUUCUGAAAGUAUUCCAGGAAGGAGGACAGCAGUUUGGGAAGUGGAAAAAGUGUAUCAUAGGAACAUAGUUAGAUCUUCUGUUGUAAUGCGUGAGCUGUGGCUUCAAAUGUGGCAUGAUAUACAUCCAGAUGCAAAAUCAAAGUUUGUAUCAAAAGCCAGACGAGGUCCACUUAGAGAUGUGGAUUGCUAUUGGGAUUAUGGAAAAGCUCGAUGUGCUUGGCCAGAGUAUUGUGAAUAUAGGUAUAUGUUUGGGGAUGUUCACCUCGGACAGAGCUGCAGAUUGAAAAUUUACUCUGAAGACCUCCUCUCACUCUACUUAUAGUGGCAGAUGCAUGUAAGCUUAGAAGACUCCAUGAGGUGGUUGAUCAUUUGUUUUGCACAACAGCAAAAUACAGAGACUUCAAAUUUUUUUACUAAUAAUUUCAUAUCAUAAAGUCGGGUAAGAAAGGUGGGUCUCCAACUCGGUGGGUAGGUCUUUCAUGGCAUAUGUGAUCAAAAUUAUAUUUUGAUCUGCUAAAUUUUUGUUGCUUCAUUUCAACAUUAAGAAUUGAUUUAGUGCUGCCUGUACCAUCAGCAUCACUAGAAAAUAGCUGUAUGCAUGUAUCAUAAGGAAGCACAUGCUCAUGAACUUGAGAUGAGUACAAGUAACGAAUUGAUAUUGUUCGGAGUACAUUGUAAACUAGUUGUCGGUGUACCAUCUGAUAUUGUAGUUUUACGACAGUAUGUUUGUUUAAAAGUGAUGUUGAAACUUUUCCAUGA